GGUUGGGGCAGAAUUGGGAUUGGAUGGCCGCUCAAAAAGAAAACCUCAUCAUCACCAAGAUCAGCCAACAGGGCAAACCCACAAUCCAGCAAGUCACCGAGGCAGGCAUCAUUGGCAAGAUCGGCCUCAACUCCGCCGGCGUCGGCACUCUCCUUAAUGCCAUCCGCGUCCACGGCGUAGACCCUAUGCGACUGCCUGUGCAUUUUGGUCUGCGCAUGGCGCUGGAGAGUAACUCGGCGUUGGAAGCAGUGGAGAAGCUGGAAAGGAUUGGCAUGGCGAGUUCGGCGCAUAUUCUGAUCGCCGAUGCGGAGACGGCGAUAGGCCUGGAAUUCACCAAGUCGACAUUUGCUAGAUGUUUGCCAGACGAAACUGGGCGGAUUGUGCAUGCGAAUCAUCUGCUAUUAGAGCAUCCGCGGGAGGUAGAUACGGUGUGGCUGAAGGAUUCAUUGACGCGGGUGAAGACUAUGACGGAGAUAUCGGCGAAGCUUAUCGGUGAGAAAGAGCCAACUUGGGAGGAACUCAGUCGGUUGUUUGAGGAUGAGAGUGACCUGCCCACGGCGAUAUGUCGUGCUGAAACGGCGGAGAGUGGAAGCGGGACGUUAUUUAAUAUACUGAUGGAUCUGCGGAGUAAGGUGGCUAUAGUUCGGAUAGGGAGACCGGUCAAUGCGGAGGAGAGAUUGACGCUGUCUUUCUAGUCCCUCCUAGAGAAUAUCCGAAAACCGCAUACCAGACUUUGUAUCGGAUCGGAUG